CAGUGUCGUAUGAAAAUUUAGGGGGCAAAGUACGGAUAUUAGCCAUCCGUGCAGCGAUCGCGUCGUCUCUCGGCGGACAACCCCAUGCCUGUGAACCUGAGGCACCCCAUAGAUACCUCGAUACGUCGAUAUUUCGGCCCCCAAGCCACGGUGAAGGCAUCCCGUCAGCUGAAGCCUUCUUUAUCGCUCGCGACUUUCUCUCUUGGCACGAUGGCCAACCGCACGCCAGAGGUGGACCAAACGGUUACCUCUCGACCGCGCCCACUCUUUGGAUUCAACCCCCUGAGCGCGGAAUUGCAGACACUCCGACAGGAAGCGAUCGCAGAUAUCGUCGUGGUGCAACCUUCUGAAAAGCAACCAGGCCUUCAGAGAUAUGAUUCGCCCAAGCCAUGCAUGGAUACGUACAACAUUCUCGAACCUCAGACAAAUCUGGCCAUGUUGAGGAAUGCAAACAUCGGGCGAAGAGUGCGGGAGCCGCAGGCAUUCCAACUUUCGGUAGGCCAUGACGCGAGGGUAUCAGAAGGAUACUUGGGACGUGCCGUUCUCUUGUCGCAGUAUACGGCGAAUUUCCAAAUCCGGACUCGAGGUACCUUGUCGGAGCAACAGAGUGGGAGCCUAAUCAAGAGUUGUACUUUAGUGGAGCACUUGUAGCUGGCGCUCGUCACAUUAAAUUCUCUCUAGCUAUUUAUGUACUAAAGCUAAGGUAGACGGGACUGACUCUUUCAUAAUCAUCAUCAUAUCGUGGCUGGUGGGCGGGUAAUUAGUUGGAUUAGGGUUGACGUCGCCCUUGUCGGAAACAGUGAGACAGCGUUCAAUCUCAAGCAGACUUUCAAGUCAGCAGUGUCUGUGAAGCACGCCAGGAGACAUAUUUGUGUU